GAGACACCACGAGAAAAGUUUGUCUAAAUAUUCACUUUAUUAAGGACAGUUAAAGACGAGGCUCAGAUGAUCUAUGGGGAACAAUAUUUAUCUGUCACUUCGCCCAUGAGAUGAAACGAGGGAGCAUGGCAGGGGCGUUACUGUCAGAGACGGAGAUCAGGCAUCGGUCUAUGGCAGAGGAGGAUCCGAACGGGAAUGAACACGGAGCGGCUGCGCGCAGUACAGCGCCUCGCUGGGGACCACAGCAUGCUGGAGCCCGACAGCUCGCCCAGCUUUACUCCCCGGCAAAGAGACUCCAGGAGUGGAUCAGCGUAAUUUUGUGCCUCGCACUCUUCAUUGUAAACUUCUUCUUCCUCCUCAUAAACUUCUCCACAGUCCACAUCUAUAAGAUCAUCUUUGGCAUUGUGACUGGUAUUGUGACAGCAGACUUUGCCUCUGGGAUGGUACAUUGGGGAGCUGAUACAUGGGGUUCAGUGGACAUCCCAGUAAUUGGGAAGGCAUUCAUUCGUCCGUUCCGGGAGCACCACAUUGAUCCGACGGCCAUCACGCGGCAUGACUUCAUAGAGACUAAUGGAGACAACUGCAUGAUCACCUUCCUGCCUCUGGCCCACAUGGCCUAUAAAUUCCUCUCCUACCCACCAGAUGCCCUUGCAGAGUCCUACCCCUGGGAAUGUUUUGUUUUUGCGUUGGCGGUCUUUGUAACCAUGACUAAUCAGAUCCACAAGUGGUCUCACUCCUACUUCGGCCUGCCACGCUGGGUCACGCUGCUGCAGGACUGCCACCUAGUGCUGCCACGGAAACACCAUCGCAUCCAUCACGUGUCGCCCCAUGAGACCUACUACUGCAUCACUACAGGGUGGUUGAACUACCCACUGGACAGAGUGGGAUUCUGGCGAAGAAUGGAAUGGCUGAUAGAGAGAUUGACGGGUCAGAAACCACGCAGCGAUGACCUGGCCUGGGCCAAGAAAACAGACUGACCAGGAGAAGAGCGGGGCUGUACCCCUCCCUCCUUCCCCUCCUCCAACUGAGGGGAAGCAGAAACAGAUCAUUGGCCUUACCUCUGUACCCCAAACCUCUCUCCCUCCUAACUUCUCCUUCUAACCCUUAACUCCUCCCCUUACAACACAAAGCCACAGAUCGCUCUUACUGAUAGGGCCUUUAACCUGUCACUGAUGUCUGCUACACACAAGCCGUCACCCUUUCCUCUUCUUUUGGCUUCUCUCUCCUUUAAUUUUGGUUGUAGAUGUGCACACAAAAAUAGAUUAGAAAGAAGCAAUCAGGGUGUUUGGCCGGUAGAGAGGAUUUUUUGUGAAACCCUCCUCCCACAAUCCUAGCUCUGUAUCUCUGCAGUCUUGCAUCGCUUGAGAGAGGCGACUGCCGCUUUCUUGUUUCAGUGUGUUAAAUGUAUGUUUUCUGGAGGUUGGGCUCUCCAGAGGACCAUAACCAUGUUGUGAUUUCCCAGCACGGUUUUCAUAGCAGUGUUUGGAGGGAGAGAAGCAAUUAAAUGUGGAUUUGAUUUUGGAGAUCAGAAACACUGAGAGGAAAUGAAUCUCAAUCGAAAGCACUUUCUCCUGGUUAAAAUGGGUUUCAGAAGAGAUCCAUGUUCUCGUCGAUGGAUUAACGCGCUCUCUCGGAUUGGACUGAAGAAUGUGCAGAGGAUCUGUUUCUCGCCGAAGAGUUUAAACACAGUGAAAGGGUUUUGUUUACCCAACUGAAUGUUUUUCCUGAAUGCUUCUUAACUGCGCUUGGGUUGGCCUUAAGUAAAAACUCAAAUUUUCAACAAAGAGCUUAUUUAUUCAUAAUAAGCUCACUGUGGCUCGGUUGUGAUGAACAUUGAGCGCGUAUGUGGUGUUUUAGAGUGAUAUUAUCGAUAUUUGGUUGGUGUUAGUGGUUAAGUGAAGUCCCUGUGUAUCCUUUGGUCAAGCAAAGGUUGCACUUGUAAAAGGUCACUUCUGAAUAAGGUCAAUUUAAGUUUCCAGGUUUAAUUAAAGAGAAUCAUAAAUGCUUUUAAUUUUUUAUCUAAUGAUAUUUGCACUUUGCUUGACCAAUGAUACUUUUUCAUGCAAAAAUGUAAAAACAACCAAAUACACUCCCUUUUUCAUUUUUUGACAAAAUCACAUGUGUACACUUUUUUUACCCAAAAGAAAAACACCUAAAUGGGUAAUUGUUGAACCAGAGAGCGAAUCACGACAGUUUGUGUGAAUUUACUAUUUUUUGUCAGUUACAAUAUAAUGUCCAGCCUUUGUUUUACAUUUCCAUCUUGCAGCUAAAGCUUGCUGCUAGUCUGCCUUAAACAAAUGUUUUUAUUAGCUGUAUGAUUUCAUAAAUAUCGAAUAAAUAACAUUUCAUA